AUGCUGUAUGCAGACAUCUCGCAACCCCCCGCGCGCCUCCCGCAGACGCAGCUCACCGAGCUGCAAUCCGGCAUGUCGCUGCUAGCCCCGCUUUCUCGGCGAGGCCAUGGCCCUGGCAUCAUUCUCCUCACUGCUAACUCGACAGACCAGUUAAGCAUUAAGGAGGGUGUUCCGUCCGCCUCCGUCAAAUGGGCCGAGGAGGGAUUCGCUGUUGUAGAAAUUCAAGCAACAGCCCUUGCAGCAGGCACGGCCGUUCUGAAGACGGCGUUCAGCGCGCUCAAGGAGUGUGAGAAGUGUGACAAAACAGAGAAGAUUGGACUUGUUGCAUAUGAUCCGGAGUUGUGGAGCCAGGUUGUCCCAGCUCUCCACUCAGUCCCUGAGAUUUCAGGAGCCAUCGUGUAUGCCAACCAUGGCUAUGAUCUAAAGCAAAGCCAAGCCUCUGUACCAGUUCUCAUCCACCUGGCCGGGGACUCACCAGGCCUGCCCACACGAACCGCAGAGUUCACAGAAUAUUUCUACCCCUCUCUCUCAUCCUUUAAAUUCGCUACUCCUUUCACCACAGAAUUCAACUACUCCGCCGAGGCCGUCUCUCACACCCGGAAUUUGACUUUCCUCAAGCCCCUCGUUGAUGGUCCGUACUUUGAUCUUGAAGCAAUUUGGGAUGAGCACACUCACUAUGAGUUCAACGACCGCUCGGUGGAGCACACAAUGGCUACAAUGGUCCAGGAGCCUUACGUGAACCACGUACCCACUAUGACUGGUGGCAUUGGCCGUGAACGGCUCAGCAACUUCUAUCGCAGCCACUUCAUUUUCCAGAACGCGGACGACACAGAACUCGAGUUAAUCAGCCGAACCAUCGGCAUUGACCGGGUGAUUGACGAGUUCAUCUACAAGUGUACCCAUGACAAGGCCAUUGACUGGCUAGUUCCUGGAAUCCCGCCAACAGGAAAGUACCUUGAGAUUCCCAUGACGGCUGUCGUAAAUAUCCGCGGUGACCGGCUAUAUCACGAACAUAUCGCAUGGGAUCAGGGAAGCGUCCUCCGGCAGAUGGGACUUAUGCCCGAGUUUCUGCCAUUUCCGUACCCGCUUCCAGACGGCCGGACUCCGGCACAGGGGAAGCAAUUUGAAUACAAAGUCCCAGUUGCAGGAGUGGAGACGGCAAAUAAGAUGAGAGAGAAGAAUUCUACCGAGUCUAACGAAAUGUUUGGGUUUGAUGUACGAGAAACGGACCUUAGCUGA